AUGCAUCUUACNUGGUCUUCACUCUCCCCUCCACGCCAGAGGCGCUAUAAUCACUGUGCUGUUUCACUUGACGAAUACAUUUAUGUUAUUGGAGGGAUUUCGAAAAACAACACAUUUUUGAGAACGGUGGAAAGAUAUGACCCUCGACAGGAUAAAUGGAACAACGUCUCCAGCCUUAACACACCGCGUAGUGGAGCAUGCGCUGUGGUGCUGAUGGGGAAAAUUUUUGUGAUGGGAGGAGGAUCAGACGUUCGGAAAAUUCUGAGUUCAUGUGAGAUUUAUGACCCAGGUGCAGAUAAAUGGUCUUGUGGGAAAGAGAUGAAGACCAAACGUGACCGCGCAGGAGCCGCAGCAUUUGGCGGGAAAAUCUACGUAUUCGGUGGUUCGUAUGGUCACGUGGCUGUGACGUCAGUGGAGUGUUAUGACUGGAGAGAAGACGAGUGGUCGAUCAUAACAGAGUUACCAUACCCCCGGUAUGGGUUCCGCUGUGCAACGACAUCUGUCAGUAGAGACAUGAUGGCAGAGGUUCCCCCCGCUAAACCGAAAAAGCCCAGUCAGGAAAAUCUGAUUUAGAAGGCGGACAGCAAGGUGGACUAAAAGCCAUGCUGUUUUCUUGAUCAAGGAGGGUGAAGCAAGGGGUAGAGAAGUUCGUGAGUUGGUAAACAGUAAGAACAUUGAAGAAAGCGGAAAAUUGGGAAUACAUUGCAACAUUUUCGCAUUUCUUUGUAAAAAGUCGAAGAGGCACUCUAAUUUACGCUUCACAUGAUAACCAUAAUUUCAAGAACUCAAAUGCGUGCCUAUAUAACUUUGAAUUAAGAAUUACAAAUUUUGGUUUGAUUUUCAAAAGCUGAACGAAGAAUAGCCAUUCUGGGCGGUGACAACCACUCGACAGUAACAUUAGCUAGGAUGCGAAUUCAAGGAUAUGUAUAAAUAGGCACUGGACAAAGAGAAGUUGAUGAAAGUACCUCAGUAUUUCUACAAGAGGCUCAGUUUCCAAGUUUGCCGUUUUCUAAAACAGUCGUUGCAAUAUCGAAUUUUUUUUAAGUAGUUGCUUUCUAUGUAUAGCCAGAUGACGCCCAUCUAAGUGUACCUGUUUAUACACAAGCUAACUAUAUCGAAACCUUGUCAAGUUUCCGCGUGCAAAAAAACAGCUGUGUGUCGAUUGUCUAAUGAAAGACUGAUUGCGAAUCAAAUAGUGGUAUUAUUCCGUUUAACGAAACAACUACAGUAUAUUAGUCGUUCUAUGGUGACAUCUUUCGUCGAAAGAGAGAAUAGAGAAAAUUGAGCGAAAAAAAUGCCUGAAUUCUGAAGGGCUUUAUAUUUAACAGGAAAUAAAAAACUGAGAACAAUAUCGCACAAUCCGGAUGUGAGUCGCCUUAUUUUAACCCUGAAACAAUGCAAUCUUUUUUGAGACUUGCUCCCAGCUGCUUUUACUUCAGUUAUAACAUACAUGAAAAAAAUUACUCGAUUCUGAUUGGCUGAGAGCAGUGCAGUUCAAGUGUAACACCAGUGUAAAUUACACAUCGUAAUUCUGGAUUAUGAUUGGCUGGAAGACAGUAAGAAAUUUUCCAAGCCAAUAAUAUCACGUAAAAUGAUGUCGAAAAU